UUGAUUCUUUUAAGUUUUUCGCAAAUAGCUAUUGUUAUCCCUGUCAGCUGAAAUGAACUCAACUCAACUAAACUUGGAUUAAUCGCAGGAGAAGAAAUAAGAUAAAAUCAACCAAACUUUUUUGGGGCUUGGUUUGGUUAACUUCACCAAAAGCACUACCAGGAGAGAAUAUUAGGAAGACAAAAUGAAAUAAGUUUCUUCUUGAGGUACUUCAUCUUGAGAGAUUUGGGUUGAAUGGAGAUGACAAUCUCAACAACAACCUUUUCUGGCAUGAUUAGAUUCAGUGGCAUUCUCCAUACAGCAUUUGUAUCACCGUCUAUCAGAAGAAAGUAUGCAAAAGGGCUUUUGAGAAAUCUUUCCAUAUGUGCCUCACCAUUGAUUUCUUUAAAUGACCCUGUCAUUCUUCAGUCCCCUUCAUUUCAAGUAUUUGCUUCCAACGUUUCACUGGCUGAUGUCCCCCAACGGUCAGAGGAAUGGUUUGCCCUUCGCAAGGACAAGCUUACUACCAGCACGUUCAGUACUGCAUUGGGUUUUUGGAAAGGGAGCCGUCGUCUUGAGUUGUGGAACGAGAAGGUAUUUGCAUCGGAGGCACAAAUUGUGGAAGCUUCUAAAAAUACUGCCAUGGCAUGGGGAACACUCAAUGAAGCGGUAGCUAUAGAACAAUAUAAAAAGAUCACCGGCCAUGAGGUGAGCACGAUGGGGUUUGCAGUUCAUUCGAAGCAGUCUUAUGACUGGCUUGGUGCCUCCCCUGACGGUGUUCUUGGGUGCUUCCCACAAGGUGGGGUAUUGGAAGUCAAGUGUCCUUAUAACAAGGGCAAACCUGAGGCUGGCUUGCCUUGGUCAACCAUGCCUUUCUAUUACAUGCCUCAAGUGCAGGGCCAAAUGGAGAUAAUGGAUUGUGAAUGGGUUGAUUUGUAUUGUUGGACGCCAAAUGGAAGCACUAUAUUUCGUGUGCUUAGGGAACGUGAGUAUUGGAACUUGAUACAUGAAAUUCUACGUGAGUUUUGGUGGGAAAAUGUGGUUCCAGCUAGGGAAGCUCUGAUAUUGGGAUGCGAAGAACAGGUGAAAUCGUAUAAGCCUACAUCUACACACAACAAGACAGGAUUAGCAAUUGCUAAAAGCAUAAAGUUAGCUAGUGAAACAAAGCUGUUAUGCAGAGAACUUGCAGGGCAUGUUGAAUUUUAUAACUGAUUGGAGUUUACAAGUAGUUGGUUAAGCAACUGAUUCAUUUUGUAUCCGUAACAUUAUUGUGUCCAUUCAUGUGUUAGUUGCUGUUUAAGACGGAUUUGGCGCAGAAGCCGUAUGGAGAAAUUAUAAGUACUGCCUUUGGCGCCUUAUUGUCUUCAAAUCUAACAUUUGUAUAACACCACAGUGCUUUUAAAAUGUGCUAGGAUGAAGCUUUCAUGAUAUACUUGUUUUUUUAGAGGGUC